UGUGGACGGCUGGGUCUGGUGAAAACAACUUGCGGCUGACUGAAGUCACAGAGGCGUGGGAGUGGCUAACAGCAGUUUCAGGUUUUAAAUCCACACGUGGUCUGGGGUCGGUCUUGUUUAGCAGCACAUACACAACUAGAAACUUCUGACCAACUCAUGCCAGCUAGUUGCCCACGUCUCUCACCGCGGGGGCAGACGUGAUCAGACGAAGCUAUUAAUAACUGGACAAAAUGCCAUCCUACCCCCUCAGCCAGUUUUCGGACCUGGAAGAGAUGAUGUGCAAGCAGUUACUGAAUCUCGAUUUGAGGGAGCAGAGCAGGCCGCUACCGUCCCUCAGUCUGGCAAUGAGAACACCAGGUUACAUUGGUCAACCUCGUAGCAGCUCAUCAUUUUCCCUCUCAUCUCUCUCCUGCCUCCCUACUGAGCCUUCAGACAGUGUUUUUCUGGCCUCCAGCCAAUGGGGGCAGCAGUCAGAAAGCCCUCUGCCCUCCCAGUUUGCUAAUUCCACCCAAUGGGGAAAGUCGGGUUUCCUUGCCCAACGCUCCAUCAGCAUGGUAGAGACCAACAGUUCCACAGCAGCAAGCCUAGCCUGGCCUGGAACUGACAUAAAGCACUCCCAAAGUAGCAUCAGCCCCACUGCACUGAACACAAGCUCCUCCUCGUCCAACUCAUCUGUUUCCUCUUCCUCGUCACGCUAUAAGACUGAACUAUGUCGAUCUUUCACUGAAAGUGGCUUGUGCAAGUAUGGCGGGAAGUGUCAGUUUGCCCACGGACCAGAAGAGCUGCGGGAUCUGAGCAGACAUCCAAAAUACAAAACUGAACCAUGUCGUACAUUUCACACCAUUGGCUUCUGUCCAUAUGGGAUGCGCUGCCACUUUGUCCACAACAGCGAGGAAGAAAAGAAACACCCAUUCUCGCGUUCUUCCUCAUCCUCUUCCUCCUCUUCAAGCAUUACUCACCAGGCACCUUCCUCCUCCCGCUUGCAUAGGCCACCUCUCGUCAGACAGAGCUUCAGCUUUGCUGGGUUUCCCUCAGCUCCCCAGCAACCCCUUCAGCCUGCCCUUACCGCUCAUCCUCCUCCUCCCACCACUGCUUCUCUCACGCGUACUCCAUCAGCCUCUCCUCCCACCUGUGCCGACAUUACCGACCUCCUUUCUCAUGCCUUCCUGGAGAUGGACUCUGCGUUCGAGGCCUCUCCUGCCCACCAGUACCAGCCUCCCAUGGGCCAGGCCUCCGCAGCCGAUCCCAGGUCUCCAUUCCUGCCUUCCCCAGACUCUGGCUGUUCUCCAUGUGGGCUGUCUCCAACUGCCUCCCCUUCCCUGAGACAGAGCCCCGGUGCCACUGGGGUCUUUUCGGGACCACUGGGUGUCCGAUCCCUGUCUUACACCUCUCUCUCAGACCAGGACCAGGAUGGAAGCAGCUCUGCUAGCUCGCUGAGUGGCUCUGAAUCCUGUGGUGGCAUCAGCGAAGCCAGUGGCAGGCGUCUGGCGGUGUUCAGUCAGCUGUCUGUUCCUGAGGAUGGUCCUGGAUUCUGUCUCUAGACUGCAUUGUGCUGGAACACAAAUGUACACAUUCAGACAUAGACAUGCAGACCCUGAAUAUUCUGUCGACAUAAUGUAUGCAGUACACACAUCCACCUUCAAGCACAUAUAAUGCUCACACACCCCCUAUAAAUGCACGCUGACCACACACAGCCACUGGACUGAGACGUCAGACAUUCCUUGCACCUGUGUGGCAUCAGAGGAAACAAUGACUGACUUAAUGACUGACUCAGAGCGCUCAGAGAGAUUAGCCUGCUAGAUUUAAAUGGUCAAAAUGUCACUGGCAAAUGUGUAAGGGAAACCAAGGCGAUGCUGAAGUUAAAAUGUGUGUUAACACCAAAACAGAGUACAUAUCAAGAUAGAAGUUUCAUCGUGCUAGAAGUGGUCAGUGCUUUAUCAUAGUAGUAUGCUGAGAUGGCAAAUUGCGACAAAGAUAUUGUAAUCACAGUGUGAUUGGCCCGUCAGUGCUGCCUGUUGUUGAGUCCAACCACACCAUUUAUAUUACAUUUUACCAUAAUUUUCUUAGUGAUCUAAAGAAUGUGACAAAGCCAAAGAUGUCUGUUUGUACUUCAAAUGUUUAAUGGUGGUACAAACACACAAUGUGACCUGUGUUUAUGAUUUCAUUAACUGUACACAGUAUUGUGUUUAUAAGCUGGUGAAAUUAUUUUUUUCCUCAUAACUGUACAGUCCAAAGUCAUGUUUAGAUUGCUGACUUUGAAUCUGAAUGUUAAGCUUUUAAACAACUGAAGUGCCUGUAGUGUUAUUUAACAGGUCAUGUUACAGUGUUGAAACAAGAUUUGCUGGUUUGUCAGAUGAGAUGAGAUGAGGGGUGUGAGUCUUUUAUUUAUUAUUUUUUUUCCCAAAUCAAGUAAGCUAUUGUCUCUUGUUCAUUAUUGACAAACUGCCACCGCUAAAAUGUCAAAUGACCAAAUUCAGCCUUAAACUCUCACUUUGAACCUAACAAAAAAAAAAAACGCCAAGUCUGUUCGAUCAUACUUUUUGAGAUAACUGCAAAACAG